AUGGCUCGCAAGAAGGAGAGCAAGCUCGACUCCACAAGCGCGGGCGUGAGCAAAAAGACCACCGCGCAGAAAGCCACUCCACGCAAAGACACUUCGCAGAGAACUCUCAAUAAGGAACUUGGAGCAGAUGAUGUCCAGUUCCUUGUUGACUGUUUAGAAAAGACAAUUGAAGCCACAGAGAGCCCGAUUCCUUUCAAUGUCAUCGCGGAAUCUCGCAACAUCACCAAGGAUGCAGCCCGGAUGCGUUACAAGCGUACCAAGGAUAAAUUGGCAAAGUUGGGACUUCACGAAAGCAAUGGAAAGAACCAGGGGCGUUCUUCCUCAUCUGAUGAAUACGUCAAGGCCAAAACCACUGUUGAAGAAGACGAGGAUCGUCUCGACAAUGAGGAUGACGGUGCUGCUGGGGACUCGAGCCAGCUGUCCGAUGCCCAGAGCCUAGCCUCGUCUUCUUAA